UCACUCGUAUGUAUAUAUAUAUAUAUAGAGAGAGAGAGACCACUGCUCUCUUCUCUGGAUCUUGGAUUCGGGAACUGUUCUUCAGCUUGCGAGAGGCAUUUAAAAUGGCUCUCGGGAAGUAUACUAGGGUGGAUAAUAAUAGGAGGUCAUCAUCGUAUUGCUCGACGGUUGCCAUUGUUGUUUUUGUUGCCCUUUGUUUGAUCGGAGUUUGGAUGAUGACAUCUUCAUCAAGUGUAAGUACUGUGGAUAUGUCCUCACCGGAUACAAAUUCUGAGUCAAAAGAGCGAAUUCCUCAGAUUAAUUCAAAACCAUUUGAGGAUAGUUCUGGGGAUGUGCCUGAUGAUGCUAAAAGAGGAGAAGAUAAUGACGCUGAUGCGAACUCUUCAACAAAUGUAAAUGUGGUGGAAAAGAAUCAAGAUGAGAAUUCUGAUGAUGCGUCGAAGAGUGGUACAUUUAAUGAUGCAAAUGGGAAGGUGGAAGGUGGGGAUGCCACCACUGAUGGUGGCCAGUCAGAUAAUGAAGAUAAGAAGAUGGAUCAAAAUUCCGAUGAAACUCCAAGUGAUGAGCAAAACAAGAAUAAUGAGGUGAAAAAUGAUGAACAAUCUCAAUCCAAUGAUGAGAACAGAUCAGAACAAGAUGAGAAGCCCGAUGGUGAGAAAUCGCAGAAUGAAAAUGAUCAAGUACAGCAGGGUAAGGGUGGGCAAGAACAGGACUCUGAGGCAGGACAGAGCUCUGAUGAUAGCAAAUCUGAAAACCAGGGAAAGGAUCAAGGUUCCAAUGAGGUUUUUCCAGAUGGGGCACAAUCGGAGCUUCUUAAUGAGACCACUACCCAGAAUGGGGCAUGGGCCACACAAGCUGCUGAGUCAAGGAAUGAGAAGGAAGUGCAAUCAUCUUUGUCUAAUGGCCAAUUCAGCUGGAAGCUUUGUAAUAUCACUGCCGGAGCUGAUUAUAUCCCUUGCCUUGACAAUGAGAAGGCUAUCAAGAAGCUUCCUAGUACUAAGCACUACGAACACAGAGAAAGGCAUUGCCCUGAAGAAGGACCAACCUGCCUUGUUCCUCUUCCGGAGGGAUACCAAAAGCCAAUUGAGUGGCCAACAAGCAGGGAUAAGAUAUGGUACUCCAAUGUCCCCCGCACCAAGCUUGCAGUUAUAAAGGGUCACCAAAACUGGGUAAAAGUUUCUGGAGAGUAUCUCACUUUUCCUGGUGGUGGAACUCAGUUCAAACAUGGUGCACUUCACUACGUUGAUUUUAUCCAAGAGGCCAGGCCAGAUAUAGCAUGGGGAAAGCGAAGCCGUGUUAUUUUGGAUGUUGGCUGUGGGGUUGCUAGCUUUGGAGGUUAUCUCUUUGAUAGAGAUGUGCUUACUAUGUCAUUUGCCCCUAAAGAUGAGCAUGAAGCCCAGGUGCAAUUUGCACUUGAAAGGGGAAUACCAGCCAUAUCAGCAGUCAUGGGCACCAAGAGGCUUCCCUUCCCCGGUAGGGUCUUUGAUGUUGUUCACUGUGCCCGAUGCAGGGUUCCAUGGCACAUUGAAGGUGGCAAGCUCUUGUUGGAGUUAAAUCGUCUUCUCCGUCCUGGUGGUUAUUUUGUGUGGUCUGCCACUCCAGUUUACCAGAACCUUACAGAAGAUGUUGAGAUCUGGAAAGCUAUGUCUGCAUUGAUGAAAUCCAUGUGCUGGGAAAUGGUCUCUAAAACAAAAGAUACACUGAACCAAGUGGGCUUAGCAAUCUUCAAAAAACCAUCCAACAAUGAAUGCUAUGACAAGAGGGCAGAAAACAAUCCUCCUGUUUGUGGAGAUGCGGAUGAUGCAAAUGCAGCAUGGAACAUCCCCUUGCAAGCAUGCAUGCACAAAAUACCUGUAGAUACUGCUGCCAGGGGGUCACAGUGGCCACAGGAAUGGCCAUCAAGAUUGGAGGAAACACCAUAUUGGUUGGACAGUACUAAGGUUGGGGUUUAUGGUAAGCCAGCCCCAGAAGACUUCCAAGCAGACUAUAAGCAUUGGAAACGGGUUGUGAGCAAAUCAUAUUUGAAUGGAAUGGGAAUAAAUUGGUCAUCCGUAAGAAAUGUUAUGGACAUGAGAUCUGUUUAUGGCGGAUUUGCUGCUGCGUUGCGGGACAUGAAGGUCUGGGUUAUGAAUAUCGUUUCCAUUGAUUCACCGGACACACUUCCAAUAAUUUAUGAGCGUGGAUUGUUUGGUGUGUAUCAUGAUUGGUGCGAGUCAUUCAGCACGUACCCCAGAACAUAUGAUCUUCUCCAUGCAGAUCAUCUUUUCUCAAAGACGAAGAAGAAGUGCAAAUUAUCAGCAGUGAUCGUGGAGGUGGACCGGUUACUGAGACCAGAGGGGAAGCUGAUAGUGAGAGAUGACACAGCGACAAUAAGUGAGGUAGAAAACAUGGUGAAAUCUCUGCAUUGGGAAAUCAGGCUGACCUACUCAAAAGAGAAUGAAGGGCUGCUGUGUGUUCAAAAGACAAUGUGGAGACCAAGUGAAUCUGAAUCUAAUUUAUAGAAUAUCAUUAUAUAGUUCUUCAACUUUUGGCAAGGAAUUAUAUUCUUUAAAUCUUUUUGGUAGUUGCUUGUAUUCAAGUGUGUUGUUUUUGGUAUAUUGUUUUCAUUUUUUUCCUAACCCUUUGGAGGGGAAGGAGCUCUUGUGACCUCCUCUUAAGCGGAUUGUAAAAUCAUCUCUCAAUAUAUAUUCAACUACUGUGAUAGCAAAGUUUCUCUUG